AUGGACAACCUCGACUUCUCCCACGAUGCCUUCCUGACCUUCGACGCCCUCGACCCCAACCAGCAGCGCUUGUCGUUUCUGUCCGCCUCGACCUGGCCGCUCAUCCUUGAGCAAACAAUGUCUCACAAUGGCCACGCCAGCACCAGUUCAAGAAGAGCAAUGACUAUGAACGAUUCAAAGCCGCUACCGACAACGGCAGCACCGCCCGCGACGAGCACCGCUCCGUUACAUACGAGCACUCUCAGCUUCCAUCAAUCAAUCGACCCCUCAGCCGCCUUGUUGAGCACCACCGACUGGCAGUUUCAGUAUCAACAGCCCAACCAGCAGUCCUAUCUCCAAGAUGCCGCCCUCAACCCAGCGUCUUAUGGCGGAGCAUACGCCCAGCCCCUCCAGCCUUCUCCGAUGAACUUCAUGUCUACCACGCAAGUCCCGAUACACCCAGCGACUAUGUCCAUGGACGCCGCGACGUCGUUUGCAAUGACCUACUCGGGCCCGAUGGAGUCGCUCAACACCAUGGCACCGUUUCAGAUGAACGACUUUCAGGCCGAGCUCAUGAACUCGUACGUCGACGAAGGCUUCUCGUCCACCGACCUCGUCCCGGCUACCAGCUUUGCCGGCAGCUCCCCCGGUGAAAGCUGGCUUGACAUCCGCUCGCUAGGAAGCAGUGAUGCUGGCUGGAAUACCGUCGACUUCCCGCAAUCCCGCCGGUCCUUCGAGUCGUUCGAGGAACCGACCGUCUCAAACCCGUACCUGACCCUCCACGUACGCACCGACUCGAACUCCUCGAAUGCGCAGUCAGACGUGGCGCCAGUAUCGGCGCACUCCUGCGGCAGCUGGGAGGAGAUCAGCCAGUUCGCCUUGUACUCUCCCCAGUCCGAGCAGAACCUUGACUUCUCUUAUCCGCCCGUUGCUCACGGUCUGCCCCACAGCCAUAACCACAGCCAUAAUCACAGCCUCAGUCAUUCUCCCAUCCAAGCCACCGUCAGCCCGUCAGCCGCCGUAGAAGCUCUUACUAUCAAACCGACUGUCUAUUCCACGUCACCCUCAUCAUCGUCUAGCCUCAGCUCGCCGCCUUCCAGGAGACGGAAGAGCCCUGUCGGCGCCAAGGUCACCAAGACCAUUGCGAAGAAGACCACCGUUGCACACUCAACGAAGAAGGACAACGUGACCGAGAAACGCGUCGGCCGGAGACGCGGCCCGCUGCGGCCAGACCAAAGACAGCAGGCUCACGAGAUCCGCAAGCUCCGAGCCUGUCUGCGUUGCAAGUUCUUGAAGAAGACGUGCGACAAGGGCGACCCGUGCGCCGGCUGCCAGCCCUCGCACGCCCGGCUCUGGCAGGUCCCCUGCACGCGCGUGGACAUCAAGGACAUUGCCUAUUUCAUGAAGGACUGGAAGGCCGACUUCGAGCGCCACAUCAGCCUCGGCUUCUCCGUCGGCAACAUCAAGGGCUUCUCUACGCAGGAGCGGCCGCUCUGGAUCACGCACGGCUACGGAUACUACCUCCCCAUCUCUGCGCGCGAGGUCUUUGUCCGAGACGACAAGUGCUUCGGCAUGGACUGGGUCGAGGCCGUGGACGCGGAUCAGAAGGCGCACAAGGAGUUCGAAGUCACGACUGCCAAGCUUUCGGCCGGCAUGGAGGGCGUCUCGCACGCUGUGCUUUCCGAAUACCUUGACCGCCAUAUCGAUGGCGGCUUCGAGCGGUUUGUUGACGAGUACUUUGAGGGAACCCUCUUCCUGACCGAGAUUCUGAAGACGGCGUACCGGUACUACCUACGCGAAAAGCUGCCCGUAAUCCGCAAAGCGCUGAAACUCGUGGUCGCGUACAAUCUGACGCUGCACGUGACGCUGGUGGACGGGCUGUCAGAGGAGGAAGCUAAAAUCGGCAAGAUCGAGAACGACGAUAGCCGCUUCAACGGCAAGACCGUCGCGCCCGUCAUGAUCAACUUCCAGAUCAAGUGCGCGCUCGCCGACAUGUGGCGCGAGCUGCAGAAGGACAUCCUGGAGGAGCUCUCCGCGCUCUACUCCUCCGUCUACUCCGGCGAGAAGCUGAAGAACUGGCCCACCAUCUUCAUGCUCGCGGCGAUAUUGCUGGCCGUCUGGGAGGAGAUGCAGUUCGAUUGCCACUACCGCGUCCCGGACCCGGCGGCCGUGCACAAGUUCUGCUCGGAUAUGGAGACCACCCCCGUGGGCGUUAUCGUGGGAUUGUUUUCGGCGAUCUCGCAGAAGCUGCCGAGUUUUAGUGAGUGGGAUAGCAGGAAGCAUCAUCAUUUGCUGGGCUCGAAUCAGGCGGUUUGUGAUGCGAUGACCGAGGUGCGCUCGCACGUGACGAAAUACGAAACCUACCUCAAGAGCCGCGCAGAGGCGAAAUUCGACCGCAACGACUUCGACAGCCUGUCGAAUAAGUUCUUGUCGAAACUAGUCAUCCGCGCUAACUAG